GGAGUUGCUCUGCAUAUUAAUGAGCCGGGAGCAAGGGCAGCGGGAGCCGAUUUAAAAGAGGACGAGGGGAGGGAAGCGGCAGAGCGAAGGCAGAGCCACCGGGGCAGCAGCAGCAUCACCGGGACCCCGCUCGCUCCUCUCCUCUCCCCGGCGACGGGGUGGGGAAACCCGGGGGGGGAAACGAAGCCAAGAGGGAGAAAACCCCUUAAAAAUCCCCGGCGUCUCUUUAGGUACCUGCCGUCCCACCAUGAAGCUCCUGACAGCAGCUCUGCUCCUGCUGUUCAUCGCCAUGUGCUUAGCCAGCGCAGAAGGCGUGAAGUGCAAAUGUUCAAGGAAAGGUCCUAAAAUAAGGUUCUCUAACGUGCGGAAGCUGGAAAUCAAGCCGAGGUACCCGUUUUGCGUGGAAGAGAUGAUUAUCGUGACGCUGUGGACGCGGGUGAGAGGGGAGCAGCAGCACUGCUUGAACCCCAAACGCCAGAACACCGUGAGGCUGCUCAAGUGGUACAGAGUAUGGAAAGAGAAAGGCAGGGUUUAUGAAGAAUAAGAGGAGGCAGCGUGAGGAAUGAGGUGGACUCCCUUGGCUGGCAUAGGACUGGGCUCUGCAGAAGAUUCUUUCUUUCUCACAGACAUAAGACACAAAUUCUAUAUUAUUAUAAAGCACUUUUUACCAAGGGUCAGUUUUUACAUUUUAUAGCCGCGUGCAAAAGGCUUCCAGAUCACACAAGCAUCUGUUGCACUUCAGAUUUCACCCCCAUCUGCUCUGUACCGAGACUGGGAAAACUCACGCUUUUCAUUUUAAAGAGGUUGGUUUGGGGUUUGUUUGUGUUUUGGUUUUGUUUUUUUUUUAUCGUUAUUCAUUCAUACUUCACUAUGAUGGCAAUCGAGCUUUAUAAGCUCAUCAGACAAACAGUAAUGUCUGUAAAGGUGUUACACAGCCGUGUCCCUCACCCUUCCACAGUGGGACAGCGUGGGUGCUGUGGGUGUUUCUCAUGUUUGCAGCCUCCACCAGGGUCAGGCAAAGCGGGGACCAGCAGCCGAGUUUGCUGGGGAAGAUGUCACUGAGACGUGGUGGCUGUAACCACAGAAGUGAGGUCCCUCAGCACAUCCUCAAAUGAGCACGAGCAUCACCUGGGUACCUCUUCUUUAACGGACUUGAGGUCUUGCUGCAAGGUGAAAAGCCUUCCAUAUCUCCCAUUUAACACUUCAUGCGUUAGAAAGCAUUUCUAGGUCAUUUUUAUUACUAAGAAAAUGUUUAAUUUUUUUUUUUUCCCCACCUGAAGUUCUUACAGAAAGUUUGUGGCUUCAGUACCGAGUCAUUUUAAGCUUCAAGACUAUUAUGUAUGAUUUCCUAGAUUUGUAGCAACAAAAAAAAGCCUUUAAAAGGUACCUUUUUAUGAAAAAAUAUGAUAGGGCAAACAUAUAAAUACCUAUACAUGUUUUAGUCACAAUACAACAUAUUCAUUACAUUAUUUUGAAUGUAAUACUUCAAUGUUAAGCAGUGCAUUCCUCUUUUUAAAAUAACAAAACUACCUUUUCAUUUGUAAAUAUACUAUAGGAAGUCUCCCUAUAUUAUCUUUCUGUAUAAUGUACCGUACUGCUAAAUUAUCAUAUCCUAUUUAAAUGUUUGAAAUAUUUAGAAGGUUGCAUGCAGAUUUCAUAUUUCUUUCUAAGACAAAUGAAAAAAAAAGUAAUAAAAAAUAUAUUUAAAAAAAAAAA